AUGCCGCGGAACUCGCUGCUGCCGCUGCUGCUGGUGUUGCUGUUGCAGCUGUUGCAGCUUCUGACGAUGCAGGAAAAGCAGCAUUCGACAGCCGCAACAGCCAUUUCCGGCCUUUUUAGUCUCUCAUGCCUGGCCUUAGGAGCCCCUAUAGCUGCCGCAAUCGCGGCAGGAGCAGCAACAAUAAACGCAGCAAACAGCAGAGAUGAAGAAGAAGUUGUGCGUCGGGGGGCAGCUGCGUACAAUCAACUGCUGCGGGAAUCUGUAGAAGAGGGUGCCGCGAGCGGCUGCUGGCAGCAAGUCAGCGAGCAGCUGCUGCUGCUGCAGCAGCAGACUAUUGAAGACGCCUGCAGCAGCAAAGGAGAGCCCUUUAGAGAGCUAAUUGCUCUGACACGGAUGCGGUACACAAACGUUGGCGUUGAUGGCGGUGCUGUUGCACGAGAUGCGUCAUUAUCUCAUCCCUGCUUGCAGCUUAACGAAGUCCUAAGACAGCUGCAGCAGCUGCAGCAGAUCCAACAGCUGCAACAAUUGUCAACAGGGGAGUGGGACGACAAAGACGAGCAGCAGCAGCAGCAACAGCGGCACCAACAGGAAGAGCCAACAGGGGUGGCAACUGAAACCACAGCAGAAGAAAACGCAGACGCAGCAGCAAUAGCAGAGAAGAAGGUGGAAUUGAUAUUUGGGGAUCAGAGCUCUCCUCUUCUGCAGCUGCAAGGGCUGCAGCAGCGGAAGCAGCAACUGUACAGACACUGCAUUGCCCUGACCCGGCGUCAGACUGCUGCCUGCCAGCAGCACAGAGCGAUGGACUUUGGCACAUUUGCCCUCGUCAGAGAACAAAUCAAUCACAUCGACAACAUUUGUUUCUUCUUGCACAGUGCUGAGCGACAAAGGAGGGCUGAGGAAGCCGCUGUCCGUUUGUCUGCCGCUUCCGCUGCCGCUGCAGCUCGAAUGCAGCAGCAGCUACAGCAGCUGGAGCACAUGGGGAAGCUUCAGGAACAGCUGCAGCUGCAGCAGCUGCAAGGGGGAAGCUACAUGCAGCAGCUGCUCCUGCAGCUGCAGCGGGGGUUGGAGGAGUGCUUUACUGUGCUGCAGCAGCUGAAGGCUUUCCACAGAGCAGUAGGGGAAUGGCUGGGAGGCGGAGAAGCAGCGGCUCUGUACUUUGCUGCUGGUGUUGCUGCCUUUUUUUUUACAGUUAGCAGCAGGGUUGCUGCUGCACGCUUGCAGUUGUUUUGUCUUCUUGCUGCUUCCGCUGCUGCAGAGAUAGCGCUGCAUCGCGGUGGGCUGUCCCCUUAUCUCAACAUGCUAAUGCAGCACCAGCACAGGCCACAUUCCGAGUCUCCUGCUUACCCUGCUGGUGCUGCUACUGCCGCCACUGCUACUGCUUAUGGAGUUCCACACAACAGCACCCUGGCGUGGAUUGCCGAUGCCGCAUGGACCGCCGCCGCAACUACAGCAGCAGCAGCAGCUGUUGUUGUAUCUGCUCAUGGAGUGUCUUUGGUGCGUUGGAGCUGCUUUCUGGCUGCCUGUUGGUUGUGGAUGCGCUGCUUCUGGAGCUACACAAGCCCCGAGCAGCAACUGCAGCAGCAGCUGCGGCUGCUACAGGAGCAAGUUUACGGGGUGCGUCAGGAGCUACACGAGGCCCAGGCGGCUGGGGAACCGAGAAUGCAGGAGAUGCAGCAGCUGCUGCAGCAGCUGCUGCAGCGCGUUGCUGCGAAAGACGCAGCCGUGCAGCAGCUGCAGCAGCUCCAAUGGGAAGAGGGGCAGCUGCGGCAGCAGCAGCAACACGAAGCAGAACAGGCACAGGAACAGCAACAGCAGAGCUUGGCCUGUCGUGCGGUGCGGUGGGCAAUUCUUCUGGCCGUCAAGAUCGUCAUCUCAGUUUUCGCUGCCGUCGUUGCAGCAGUAGCAUCAGGUGUACCAGCAGCGUGGAUGUGUUUUCUUCUUCCGUUGAGGGUCUGCGGCUUCCGCAAAGCCUCCGGUGGCCCCGCCGCCUCCUGGAGCAGCAGCACCAGUUCGGAGAGCAGCAGCAGCUCGAACACCAAAAGGAGCUGCACCAGCAAGAAGGAAGACAAUCCUAAUAAUUUGCUCUCUGGGGUGUGUCUCCAGAGUUAUCGCAGCAGAAGAUAUUUGCUGCAGCAGCAGCUGCGGAGGCGUGGGCCUGAAUUGCCUCUGGGGCUGCGGCAGCAGUCCCUGCGAUAUAACGAAGACGAAGGAGAGGCAGCAGAUCCUUCCUACCAACCCUCAACAAGCAGCAGCAGCAACAGCCGCAGCAACGGCACGAGCAGCAGCGAGCCGGAAUACGAGUCUCCUGCCGUGGCUACUGAUGCUGCUGAAACUGCUGCUGUAGAACCGCGCAUUCCCCCUGCUACUGCUGCAGAACCUCCUGCAGCUGCACAGGUGCCACACCAAGAGCAGCAGCAGCAGCCGGCAAAGACGCACUCCUCUCCGCAACAGCAGUCCCCGCAGCAGCCGCCUCUGCCGCAGCAGCGGCAACAGCACCAGCAGGCUGUGCGGCGGAAUCCUGUGAGAGCCUGCCGUGUUUUGAACUUUCGCAGAGUGGAGGACCCUCAGCACCCUGACGUUUUCAUGAGAGAAGUCAUACCC